AUGCACGGCCACGGUGAGGACGCCCUGUCUCUAUUUGCCGGCAUGCAACGAGCCGGCGUGACGCCGAACGAGGUGACCCUCCUCGGCGUCCUCACGGCGUGCUGUCAUGCCGGACUUGUCGAGGAGGGGCUCCAGCAACUCGACGCCAUGCCGGAACCUCGCAUCGAGCACUACGGCUGCGUCGUCGACAUGCUCGACCGCGCCGGGAGACUAGACGAGGCAGAGGAGCUCGUCGCGGCAAUGCCAGCACACCCCGACGCGCUCAUCUGGGGCUCGCUGCUCGCCGCAUGCCGCGCACAUGACGACGUCGAGCGCGCCGAGCGGGUGAUGUGGCGGCGCACCACCGACGCCGACGCGGACGCCGGCGACUACGUGCUGAUGUCGAACACAUACGCGUCGAAUGGCCGCCACGGCGAGGUGGUGAAGGUGAGGAGGCAGAUGAGGAGGAACGAGAUCGACAAGGUCCCCGACUGCAGCCUCAUCGAGAUCGACGGCGUCGUGCACGAAUUCAAAGCAAUCCCAGCAAAUUCCAUCCGAUAA